AUGGGUGUUGGAAAAGCUUCUUCCAAAUUUACUACCUCAAAGUGUGAAUGCAAUCGUCCUAAAAAAGUAAUAUAUAAAAUUGACAACAUCAUAAAGGAAAAUGGGCAUCAUGUUGUGCGUCUCCCUCCUUACCACUGUGAUCUAAACGCAAUUGAAUACGUUUGGUCAUCAGUUAAAAGACUGAUCAGGGAAAGGAAUGUGACUGGGGACUUAAGCUUGGAAAAUUUGAAAAAUUUAACACAAAAAGCUUUGGAUGAAGUCACUUCUCAAGAAUGGCAGGCGCACUGCAACCACGUAGAAAAACUUGAAAAUUAUUAUUGGGACAAGGACGAACUUUUAGAAGAGAUAGUGGAUGGAUUAAUAAUUCAAACUGGCAGCAGCGAUUCUGAUUCUGAUUCAGAAGAAACGGAAUCUUGCGACAGUGACUCGGAUGACUUUUCAGAUUUUAUACCUCUAUAAAAGUCCUCCACGAAGGCAUCCCUCUUCUUCAUCUGAUAGCUUUGUCAAGUUGUGAGGAUAUUUCUAGGUUCAAUAUUUUCUUUGCCACUAUGUAAAUGAAAGAUUACCAAAAGUGGGCAACAAUGAGCCUUCGGCAGAGGCGAAACCCCCCCUGUGGAUAAUAAAGAACACUGAAUGGUUGCUUCAUUUCCCAUUACUGUG